GUAUCCUCCCCGCAGGUGAAGGAGGCCAUUCUAAACGAUGAGAACUACUGUCCCCCGGAGACGGCCGUGCUGCUGGCCUCCUACGCUGUCCAGGCCAAGUAUGGAGAUUACAGCAAAGACGUUCACAAGCCGGGCUACCUGGCCUCCGACCGGCUACUGCCACAACGAGUUCUGGAGCAACACAAGCUGACAAAGGAACAGUGGGAGGACAGAAUACAGACCUGGCACGAGGAACACAGGAGCAUGCUCAGGGAGGACGCCAUGAUGGAGUAUCUGAAGAUCGCUCAGGACCUGGAGAUGUACGGCGUCAACUACUUUGAGAUAAAAAACAAGAAGGGUACGGAGCUGUGGCUCGGGGUCGACGCGCUCGGGCUCAACAUCUAUGAGCAUGAGGACAAGUUGUCGCCAAAGAUCGGUUUCCCCUGGAGUGAGAUCCGAAACAUCUCCUUCAACGACAAGAAGUUUGUCAUUAAGCCCAUCGACAAGAAAGCUCCAGACUUUGUGUUUUACGCUCCUCGGUUGCGCAUCAACAAGCGCAUCCUGGCGUUAUGUAUGGGAAACCAUGAGCUGUACAUGAGGAGGAGGAAGCCCGACACCAUCGAGGUGCAGCAGAUGAAGGCUCAGGCCCGAGAGGAAAAACACCACAAACAGAUGGAGAGAGCGCAGCUGGAGAACGAGAAGAAGAAGCGAGAGCACGCGGAGAAGGAAAAGGAGCGAAUAGAGAGAGAGAAGGAGGAGCUGAUCCAGAGGCUGAGGCAGAUCGAGGAGCAGACUCAGAGAGCUCAGAAAGAGCUGGAGGAUCAGACUCGCAGAGCGCUGGAGUUGGAGCAGGAGAGGAAGCGAGCGAAGGAGGAGGCCGAGCGUUUGGAGAAAGAGAGGCAGGCGGCGGAGGAGGCCAAGGCGUCGUUGGCUCAGCAGGCGGCCGACCAGAUGAAGAACCACGAACAGCUGGCUGCUGAAUUAGCGGAGUUCACUGCUAAAAUCGCUCUGCUGGAGGAGGCCAAGAGGAAAAAAGAAGAGGAAGCAACAGAGUGGCAACACAAAGCUCUUUCAGCACAAGAUGACCUGGAAAAGACCCGGGAGGAGCUGAAGUCGGCCAUGACGUCUCCACCGGCGCCGGAGGACGACGAGCACGACGAAACCAACGCCGAGGCGAGCGCCGAGCUGCUCAGCGACGGCGUCACCAGCCACCGCAGCGAGGAGGAGCGCAUCACUGAGGCGCAGAAGAAUGAACGUGUCAAGAAACAGCUUCAGGCUCUGAGUUCCGAGUUGGCCGAGGCCCGUGACGACACAAAGAAAACUCAGAACGACAUGCUGCACGCCGAGAACGUCAGGGCGGGAAGAGACAAGUACAAAACGCUGCGUCAGAUCCGCCAGGGUAACACCAAGCAGCGCAUCGACGAGUUUGAGUCCAUGUGAGGGGGGAGGGUGGACACAACGGCGUCAACGCAUCACUUCCCUCGUGAAGCCCGACACCUGCAGGAGCUCCUGCUGUGGUCCUGUCAGGAGAAGGAACAACCAGCUGACGGGCUUUGUAGCUUCAGCCUCGCCAAAGCUCUGCCGAGCAGCGGUUAGCCAAUCACACAGCGACCUGCUUUUUAGAGCGCCGCCCCCCCCCCCUGCCCUGACCCCAACGAAGCACGUCUUUUAAUCGGUUGGAAAUAUAGCAAGCGACGUAUUCUGUCAACCACGGACUCCUCCCUUUUACAAUACUGACAAUAUUAAUGCUUGCAUGUCCGAUAAAUAAACAGCAACAGGAGCGUUAGAGAAAAUGCGACCGCACAGAAUUGGCUGAAUUUUACCCAACAAAAAAGAAAAAAGGCCGUUUGUAGCGUUUUGAUGUUGCUGGCACACUCGUCCGUUAAGCUUUAAUAUCUGUACCUUACUUUUAUUUCUUUGUAAUCAGUUGAAUUUAAAUAAUUUGUUUAAAAAAGUUAAAAAGAAAAAGGAAAGCGCCUCACUCGUCUCUUUUCCUUCUCAUCUUGUCACCGUCUGUCAUUUUGUGCAGGGCCAAGGUUCCUGUUCAGCUGUGAGCGUCAUCCAUCUGUUCAUGUUGCAUCAGCUGAUUUAUCUCCAGUUUGCGAACGCUCCCUCUGGAGAUUUAUGAGCAAACACACAUGAAAAACUAAAUGUGCUUGUUUUUAAUGGUGAGGCGUUUUGUUGAAAUAAUUUCAAACAGUGAAAUUAUUAAUAAACGCCAAAUUUCACCACGUUAUAAAAAGUGAAAACCUGGAUCUGCUCUGAUCGUCUCUGACUUGACACCACAUCCUUCCGCUAAGUUUCGUGGUUUUCAGUUUAUUUGUGAUCGUGUUGACAAACAAACAAACAAACAGUAAAACCCCCUCGGCAGAAUAAAACCAGGACAAUGCGACACGUGAAAGCUUGAGUUGGGCUUUUAUUGCUCGUUUUUUUACAUCACACACAAGAACAGUCAACACGUCUCAUUUGGCCUCAGUUUCUGUAAAUAUGACACAAGUUUGUUUGUCGUGAACAAAACAUACAAAGUGAUAUUUUCUUACAUACGAUGAAUUAGUUUGGGUAAAGUCACUUCAAUGGAUUUCAUUUGAAUUUCAAGUUUGUUUUUUUUCUUUCUUCUCCUAUAAUGGAUUAUUUAUUUGGGCUCGACGCAUCAUAAUAUUGCUCAUCAGACUUAAAUAUUUGUGUUCAAUAUUUUUAACACAAUUUUACUUUAAUACACCUUCUGAAUCAGCACAGUACAUAAGACAGCUUUGGUUUUAAAUAAUUACCACUGACCUGAGAACAGGGGGAAACAUUUGAAUUUUUUUUUACUUUGGUCCCCAAAGAAACAGCACUUCAAUAAUUUCUACAGCAGAACUGAAGCUGUAUUAAAGCACAUUAGAAAUAAAAGUGGGAAUGUACUGAAAUAAACUGGGACGUUGUCAAUAUUUUUACAUUUAACUUCUCAUUGGAUUAAAAAAAGCUGUAUAUAAGGCCGACUUAGUCAUAUGAGCAACAAAUUACAACAAAGCAGAGUUGUAUCUGUGAAAACAGUGAAUAAUUAAAUACAACAGGACAGAAGUUCAUGUCUGAGUAGCCAUCGGAUUUAGAGCUGAACUUAGUUUUCUCCCCCUAAUCUGUUUCCAUGAGAGUCGAACUUUUCACACAGAAAUAAAUGAGUUAAUAAGGAAAGUGAUGUAGUGGCAGGUGAGAGUCUUUAACUCCACGGUACUGCAGUUUUAUACGACUUAAGUACAAGUACAAACAAAUAUGAAGUGACAUUUCUGAAGAAAAGUCAAAAGGCCUUUUUCACUGAGGCUAUAUUUACUUGUCACAGUGAGUUAAACCUUAAAUUAAUGAUACUUGAAUUUAAUUUCACACUUAUUACUAUAUAUUUAGGUCAAGUUAAUCAGGAUAUGCAGUUUAUUUGUCUUAACCUGGUUCACAUCAGAAUAUUGGUGUCCAUGUAAACGUGUCUAGCGUGCUGGGAUUGUGCAGGACAUCAAACUCAUCUUCAACAUUAACACCUGAACCUCCACGACCUCACACUGACUGAAAAAGGUGAGAAACUGCAGGAGAGCGACUGAGAUUUUUGAGGUCAGCCCAAGACAAACAGUUUCACUUGAUCUCACACACGUUACGCGCAAAAGCAAAACAAACAGGUGACGUCUGCAUCACCGCUGCUGAGAGAUUUGCUUCAUGUUUCCGUCUGAACUCAAGUUAUUACACCGGCACGCUCAGCGAAGUGUGCAACACUGUCGAUGACGACAAGGACCUCGCAGACAAACACAUACAAUUUAGAAAAAUAGCUCUUUAAGGUCAUGACAGUAGAAAAAUAGGUUUUUUCCCCCUCAUGCACUAAAUAUGUCAUUGUAAUUAAUAUGCAGUGUUAACACAGCACCUGGUUUGUUUAGUUCAAAUGUCGAGUGUCUCGUCCCCGAAGCAAACAGCAGCACACGGUGCCACAGCAGCAGGACAGGGGGAGCACCUGAUCACAGAAACUGAAGCAACAGGGACGACUGCAGACUUGUUCCUGAGAGCGACACCUGUCAUUGUGGUUGAGGUGUCGCUAAACAUCUGGAGCCUGAGGCACAAAUUCCAAAAGAUGAACCACGUUAAUUAAAACACUCUCAACUGUCUUGGCUCUAAGAGUGUUAAAUACUGCGGUGUAUGAACUUAAGAAGCCUCAGUUUUCCUCACAACCACAUCGUUAAACACAUCUAACGCCGGUUAUUUUCAGCGUCAUAUAGCAAAAGGGGAAUAAAAAAGCCCCCCCCCUCAUAUAAAUAAAGUCUAAAUACCAAAGGUGACAAAGUUUGCCACAAAUACUCAACAUUUUCAACUCGAAAUAUUUUUUGUUUAAAUAUUCUCAUAUAAAACAAUGAUCUUGUUUAAUUAAAAAGUUUAUAGGAUACAAUUUGUAUCAACGAACAGAGGUGUCAUCUGGCUACAGAGAUAUGAUGCAGACCAGGGCAGAGUUUUGUCUUUACAAACAGUUCCUCGCACAUUACAACAAUCCCAUUGGCGGAAAUAAUCAUACAACUAUUCCAGACAAUAGAUGCAGCCCAAAGUGCUUUACAUUGGGAGAAGGAAACUUUAUAAUACUUUCGAAGAGAAGGCAGAUAAAUAAGAGGAAGUUGUUAAACAGAUGAGGAAUUGUUCCCCAACAGUCUUUAAUGUAAUGUGAAAGAUAUCGCUGUGUAAGCGUUUCUAUAUAUAGCCUAUUUCAAAGUUCGUAUUAAACCCAUAGACUGUAAAGAUGAUCGACAAACAAUGGCGUUAAAAUAUCUCACAUCCAGGUGGCGCCGUUUUGCACUUUUCAAGGGGGAGGGGUUUAUGACUGCAGCCAGCCACCAGGGUGCGAUCAAGGUGAUUUGGCUUCACUUAAGGAGAGCUGUUAUGUCGGCCAUCUUUAUUUACAGUCUAGGGUUAAACCAGGGAGUUUUAAUUGAACCACUGAGAUUAGUAGUUCCUCCAGGUGAAGUUUAGUGUUCCCACUAAUUCACUUUUUAAUUUUUUAGUUUUUUAGUUUUUCCCAGAUUCCUGGCUUCUCUAACAGAACGGUACAUGAGAGUGAGACCCUGCAGGAGGCAGCUACACUCUCCACUCGUGUGUCCGACAUUCACACACGUUAAAAAGUUAAAUUAACACAUAUUUCAGAAUAGAAUUAAUGAAAUGUUACCGACAAUCUUCCACCUAAAACAUUUCUGGGGACCAUGCUUUUGACAGUCACUCUGAUGUGACUUUAAUUUAAAGGAUGGGAGACGAACAGAGGGCUGGUUAUGGGGGUAAAAAAAUCCACCCUGAAAGCUGACGUGAAGUCAGCUGAAAGAGCUGAACGGUAACGGAGGAAAUAAUUCCAAACAGCUCAAGUUUUUCGACCGGACUUUUCGCCCUCUUCUUCUUGUGGUUGCUGCAAAGUUUCACUUCCCUGUCGGGGGAAAUCCACAAAAUAUCAACAGCGCAGCUGAUCUGCCACCUGUCAGCGUGAAAAAAACAAGAAGAAAACAACACAGUAGGAAUGUAUUUUACGAUGAGGCAGAGACGAUCAAUGUUGUCGUCUCCAUCUCUCACAGA